CAGCAGAAAUAUCUUGUCAGUAUGGUUACAGCUAAACUUCUGCAUGAUUCAUCUUAAAUGAAAUUUUCGUUUAUGUUUUUAUUUUGUAAACUACCGUCAUUAAGAAUUAAAAAUAAAGUAGUUUUUUGUCAAUAAAAUGGAAGAAAUCGGCAUUACUGUAAUCGAAAAGGAAGAUAUUAUUGGUGAUCAGAAACAUUCAGGACAUAUUACUGCUCCAUCCCCUGAUGAUUUUGAUAUUGAUGAUUUGUACACAAAGUACAAGAAGUUGCAGAGGCAGUUAGAAUUUUUAGAAGUACAAGAAGAGUAUAUUAAAGAUGAACAGAAGAAUUUGAAAAAGGAGUAUCUGCAUGCUCAAGAAGAAGUUAAACGAAUUCAAAGUGUGCCCUUAGUUAUUGGUCAAUUCCUGGAAGCUGUUGAUCCAAAUACUGGAAUAGUUGGGUCAACUACAGGAUCCAAUUAUUAUGUCCGUAUUUUGUCUACCAUUGACCGAGAACUGUUAAAACCUAGCUCAAGUGUAGCUUUACAUAAGCAUAGUAAUGCUUUAGUUGAUGUUCUUCCUCCUGAAGCUGAUAGCAGCAUAUCUAUGUUAAGAGCAGAUGAAAAACCGAGUGAAACAUAUGCUGACAUAGGAGGUUUGGAUAUACAAAAGCAAGAAAUAAGAGAAGCAGUAGAAUUGCCUUUGACACAUUUUGAAUUAUAUAAACAGAUAGGUAUUGAUCCACCUCGUGGUGUUUUGAUGUAUGGUCCCCCUGGAUGUGGAAAAACUAUGUUAGCAAAAGCUGUUGCUCAUCACACAACUGCUGCCUUCAUUAGAGUAGUUGGAUCAGAAUUUGUUCAGAAGUAUCUUGGUGAAGGUCCUCGUAUGGUAAGGGAUGUGUUUAGACUUGCAAGAGAAAAUGCACCAGCCAUUAUAUUUAUUGAUGAAAUUGAUGCUAUAGCUACUAAACGUUUUGAUGCUCAAACUGGAGCUGAUAGAGAAGUGCAAAGAAUUCUCCUAGAGCUUUUAAAUCAAAUGGAUGGUUUUGAUCAAACCACUAAUGUAAAGGUCAUUAUGGCUACCAAUAGAGCUGACACAUUAGAUCCUGCAUUGCUUAGGCCUGGUCGUUUGGAUCGUAAAAUUGAGUUUCCUUUGCCAGAUAGAAGACAAAAGCGGCUGAUCUUUUCUACGAUUACUACAAAAAUGAAUUUAAGUGAUGAAGUAGAUCUUGAAGAUUAUGUAGCUAGACCAGAUAGAAUAUCUGGUGCUGAUAUUAAUGCAAUCUGUCAAGAGGCUGGUAUGCAUGCCGUUAGAGAAAAUAGAUAUGUUGUCCUUGCUAAAGAUUUUGAAAAGGGUUAUAAGAACAAUAUUAAAAAGGAUGAAUCUGAACAUGAAUUUUACAAAUAAAAUGUUUCAUCUGCAA